AUGCCAUCAACCACAACCACAACCACAACCCCGGGAAACCCGGCCCCACCAGCCCCAACAACCGCUCCUGCUCCCGCUCCCGCUCCUGCUACAUCAACAACACCAACAACCCUCCUCUGGGCCUACGAACUCCGCCGCGAGAACAUCGAGCUCGCCACCCGCCUCGCCGCCGCGGAGGCCACUAUUGCUGCGUUGCAGGACCAGCUGAAGGAUGUGCGGGAGGAAGUCCAGGUCCAGCGGGCCUGCGUUGUGGAAAAGAGGGAGUUGGAGGAGAUGGAAAGGCGGGUGCAGGGGGUUGAGGAUAUGGUGAGGGGGGAGGUUGCGGUACUGGGGGGGUUGGUUGAGGGGGUGCAGGGUAGGGUUGCGGGCUUGAUGACGAGAAGAGAGGGGGGUCUGGAUGGGGAGGAAGGGCGGAGGAACGAGGGUCUUGAGGAAGAGGAAGAAGUGCUGGUGCCGGAUUCGAUGCCUGCUGGUGGUGCUGGGGCUGGUUUGGGGUAUAUGGAUAUGGUUGGUGUGAGCGGGGGCUUGGGGAUGGGGAUGGGGAUGGGGAUGGGGAGAGGGGGUGGUUUGUCUUCGACGGUUUCGAGGGAGACUACGAGUACUUCGUGGGAGAGUGGGAGUUUGGAUAGUUGUGGGGGUGGUGGUGGAGAGGGGAGGGAUGGUGAAAUCUAUGGUGGUUCUGUGGUGAUGGUUGCUGGGAUGGCUUCACGGACGAGGGUGGAGGUUUGUAAGGCUGCUGCUGCUGCUGCUGCUGCUGCUGCUGCUGUGCACAACGAUGCAGAUGGGGCUUUUGGUAGUGGUUCGGGACGCAAGAUCAAGAGUCAAAGUGUCAGGGACUGGGUUGAGGUGUUGGAGCAUCGGGGAAUCGUGCGCAAGAGGAAGAGAGCGAGGCGAUUCAUACCGAUUGUCCCGGCUGAUGAGGAGGAUGUUCUCAUUGCGAGGGCGAUGAUGGUGGGUCAUUGA